AUGAAGCUGCUCAAGGCGCUGCACGCGAACCGCGGGGUCCUCUCCGCGCCGUCCCUCUCGGCGCCUUAUCUGCAAGAGACGUUGCCCGUGGCCACGCUGCUGCGCCAGGCCAUGGCGCUCUCGCAGCGCCUGCCGCCGCCAACGUCGCCGCGCCCGAUCGCGUUCGUCGCCCACCGCGGCCUCGACUACGUCCGCGCGCAGUGGGCCAUCUGGCUCGCCAACCACAUUGCCGUCCCGCUCGCGACGCACAGCGCGCCGCCCGAGCUCCACCACAUCCUCCAAGAUUCGGGCGCGUCGCAUGUGAUCGGCCACCCGCUCAUGGACACGGCGUCGCUGCCGGUGCCAACGAUCGCGUAUGCGACGACGCACGAGGCCGCCGAAGACGACCUCCUCGAGCGCCUCGACGCGGCCGCCGCCGACGACGCCAUGCUGCUCUACACGAGCGGCACCACGGGCGCGCCCAAAGGCGUCUUGGCCACGCACGAUAGCCUCUUUGCGCAAGUCCAGGACGUCAUUCGCGCGUGGGAGAUGAGCGACAUCGACCGCGUGCUGCACUUUUUACCGCUGCACCACACGCAUGGCAUUGUCAACAACCUCCUCGCGCCGCUCGCUGCCGGCGCGCACGUCGACGGCCUCGCCAAAGCGUCGCCCAACGACAUCUGGCACCGUCUCUCGGACCCCGCGACAGCGCCGAGCGUGCUCAUGGCCGUGCCGAGCAUCUACAUGUUGCUUCUCGAGACGCUCGAUGCGAUGGACGCGAGCUCUCGAGCCAAGGCCCUCGCCGGUGUGCGUCAACUGCGUCUCGCCAUUUCGGGGAGCAUGGCCUGCCCGGUCUCGAUCCUCGAGCGCUGGAAGACCAUCUCGGACGGCCACAUGCUACUGGAGCGCUACGGAAUGACCGAGUGCGGCAUGGCGCUCGGAAAUCCGCUCCACGGCGACCGCCACAUCGGCUAUGUCGGGCAGCCAUUCCCAAGCAUCCGCGCGCGGCUGGCGCCCGAGACGAGCGAGCUCCAAGUGCAGGGCCCGACGCUCUUCAAGGAGUACUGGAAGCGACCGGUCGAGACGAAGAAGGAGUGGACGGACGACGGCUGGUUCAAGACGGGAGAUAUCGCCGAGUACAACGCGUCGAUUGAGAGCUACCGCAUCGUCGGGCGUGCGAGCGUCGACAUCAUCAAGAGCGCAGGGUACAAGAUUUCGGCGCUCGAUGUCGAGCAAGCGGUGAUGGAGCACCCGCAGAUCAUGGAGUGUGCUGUGUACGGUGUCGCAGACGAUACGUGGGGCCAGAUUGUGACGCUCGUGGCGCGCCCGUCUGACGCUAUUUCAGACGUGGCCAAGUUGUCGCCGCCCCUCGACGCCUUUCUCUCGGCACGCCUCGCCAGCUACAAGCGACCCCGCAUCGUGCACCUCGUGCCGGCCAUUCCGAAAAAUGCCAUGGGCAAAAUCAACAAGAAGGAGCUGCCCGCGCUCUUUGAUAAGGCGUAG